AACCGCUUGCCACCACCGUGAACUGUAUCGUAUACGCAGAGUACGAUAACGUUCUGGAGAUCAACGCCUGGCGUCAGAUCGUCGUAGAUUACGGCGGAUAAACAAUCGAAGAAAAUACACUGGUCAGCAAUUUGGGGUAUACGUCAUCGUCUUUUUGUGCACUCGGUAUCGCCUGUUAUCGUCAGCAUUGCCGUCAGUUUCUCGUUGAACGCCUUCGAGUUAGCAUCGCAACGAUGAAUUUCGGGAUCCAGAUCGAGUACUUCAAAGACUCCGAGGGGCGUCUGGCUCCGAAGAAGAUCGGCGUUGUGGCUGUGGAAAGAAGAUACAUAGGCCACUGGAUUGUUUCAUCGCCCUGUGAUUUCAAUGAAUUACCAUCGGCGAUCAGAAGCGAAAACAACACCAUCACACGCUAUCAACAUGGUCUAGAGUGGUUCGACGGCGGCAUAACGUACAAACAGGUUCACCACACUAUGGUUCGGGACGACCCAAAUCCAAAACGCACCAGCUCAGCAACUGACGAUAAGAGAAUUCGAUACUACUCCAGGGAUAUACUUCGAAAGAAUGGGAAACCUUGUGAACUAUAAGGAUACUUGGAAGUUGG